UAUCUAGACGCUGGCCCUUUAAAUCGCGACUUCCGCGUGGGAAGCCCCGCCCUCCUCCCGUUUCCAUACAAAUCUGUUUUCUGUUGCCGUCAGGACAGGUCUUGUGACUUUACAGUGCUGCUGCCAACAUGACCGUCCUGCUGGGGUUUGCCUUCACGCUGCUGACUCUCGGCUCCUGCUGGGGGCACCAGCCCGACCGCCUCGACCAGGAGCCCGAGCUGGCCUUCCAGCCCUCCAAAUACGGCUCCCUGUGGCCGCUGCCGCAGAAGGUGCAGAUCUCGGAGGUUUCCUUCAAGCUGAGCUCCUCCAGCUUCAGGAUCACCGACGCCAAGGAGUCCGGUGCCGGUCCGAGCUGCAGCCUCCUGCAGCAGGCCUACAGAAGGUAUUUUGAAUACAUGUUCGGGGAUGUAAAGACGCAGAAGUUGAAUAAAGGCUUGAGAACAGGUCCCGCGGAGCUGUUGGAGCUGCAGGUGUGGAUCACGUCCCCCGACUCGGAGUGCGACGGCUACCCCACCGUGUCCUCCGACGAGUCAUACGAGCUGUCGGUGGAUCAGCCAGUCUCUGUCCUGAAGGCACCAAAGGUCUGGGGAGCCCUGCAUGGUCUGGAAACUUUCAGCCAACUGGUCUACGAGGACGAGUAUGGAGCUAAAAGCAUCAAUGCAACGUCAGUCAGUGACUUCCCGAGGUUUGCUCACAGAGGCAUCUUGCUGGACUCGUCACGACAUUUCCUUCCAAUUAAAGUCAUCCUGUCUAACCUGGAAACCAUGGCAAUGCAUAAAUUCAACGUCUUCCACUGGCACAUCGUCGACGAUCCGUCUUUUCCUUACCUGAGCCGGACGUUCCCAGACCUGAGCCGAAAGGGCGCUUACCACCCUUACACCCACGUGUACACUCCUACCGAUGUGAAAAUGGUGAUCGAGUUUGCUCGCCUCCGAGGGAUUCGGGUCGUCUCCGAGUUUGACACCCCGGGACACACGCAGUCUUGGGGCAAAGGCCAACCCGACCUGCUCACGCCUUGCUACGCUGGCUCCAAGCCGUCCGGCACCUUCGGCCCGGUGAACCCCAUCCUAAACUCCACGUACACCUUCAUGCGGCAGUUCUUCAAAGAGGUCAGCACCGUGUUCCCCGACGCCUACGUUCACCUGGGAGGCGACGAGGUGGACUUCACGUGUUGGAAGUCCAACCCAGACAUCCAGAAGUUCAUGGAGCAGCAAGGCUUCGGACAGGACUACAGAAAACUGGAGUCCUUUUACAUCCAGAAGCUUCUGGAUAUUGUCACCGCCACCAAUAAAGGCUACAUCAUCUGGCAGGAGGUCUUUGACAACGGUGUUAAGCUGAAACCAGACACACUAAUCCACGUUUGGAAAGGAAACCAGGAGAAAUACCAGAGUGAGAUGGCAAAUAUUACAUCGGCAGGGUACCAGACCCUGCUGUCCUCUCCCUGGUACCUGAACCGUAUCUCCUACGGCCAGGAUUGGCCGGGCUAUUACAAAGCCGACCCACAAGAUUUUAAGGGAACUGAAAAGCAAAAGAAUCUUGUGAUCGGUGGAGAAGCCUGUCUAUGGGGAGAGUACGUGGAUGCUACGAAUCUGACACCAAGACUCUGGCCUCGAGCCAGUGCCGUAGCAGAGCGGCUCUGGAGCGCUAAAGAGGUCACAGACAUUACCGACGCCUACAGCAGACUUUCUGUGCACCGCUGUCGUCUGGUACAGCGUGGGGUACCAGCUCAGCCGCUGUCUCCCAGCUUUUGCCCACAUGAAUACAAAGGUGUCUGAGUCCAUCUGAAACGCUGCUCUAGGAACAGAAAAGGGAAGCACAUCCACACGCAAUCAUCCCAACGCUGGUUUGUAACCUGGGAAAUCAAACGAGAAACCCAUUUUCAAAGCUGUCACAACCUGUUGAAUCCGAUGCAUAAAUAUUGUGUCAAAGUGAAUGAUUUUUCUACAUGAGUUUUGUUAAAAAAAAAAAUAAAAAUCAAUAAAAUGUUGACACUGUGA